GUCGCGCGGCCGCAGGGACUAGAAUACCCAGGACGGCGGGACGGCUCCACAGCCUCCGGGUCGGGGCGGCGGCGGCGCUUUGGCUCCUCCUGAGCCGCCUGCUGGCCCCGCGCCCCACCCCAUCCCCACGGGCUGGGGACGGGCCGGCGCGGCUGUCUGGGCCUGGGAACUGAGUUGUGGAAUCCAAAGACCCCUUUUUUUCUUUCUCCAUACUGCUUGAUGGGAGACAUUAUGGCCCCCAAAGACAUAAUGACAAAUACGCAUGCUAAAUCCAUCCUCAACUCAAUGAACUCACUCAGGAAGAGCAAUACCCUCUGUGAUGUGACUUUGAGGGUAGAGCAGAAAGAUUUCCCUGCUCAUCGGAUUGUGCUGGCUGCUUGUAGCGAUUACUUCUGUGCCAUGUUCACUAGUGAGCUUUCAGAGAAGGGGAAACCUUAUGUUGAUAUUCAAGGUUUAACUGCCUCUACCAUGGAAAUUCUGUUAGACUUUGUGUACACAGAAACAGUACAUGUGACCGUAGAAAACGUACAAGAACUGCUUCCUGCAGCCUGUCUGCUUCAGCUGAAAGGUGUGAAGCAAGCCUGCUGUGAGUUCUUAGAAAGUCAGUUGGACCCUUCUAAUUGCCUGGGUAUCAGGGAUUUUGCUGAAACCCACAAUUGUGUUGACCUGAUGCAAGCAGCUGAGGUUUUUAGCCAGAAGCACUUUCCUGAAGUGGUGCAGCAUGAAGAGUUCAUUCUUCUAAGUCAAGGAGAGGUGGAAAAGCUAAUCAAGUGUGAUGAAAUUCAGGUAGAUUCUGAAGAACCAGUCUUUGAAGCUGUCAUCAACUGGGUGAAGCAUGCCAAGAAGGAGCGAGAAGAAUACUUACCUGACCUGCUACAGUAUGUGCGGAUGCCCCUGCUGACGCCCAGGUACAUCACAGAUGUGAUAGAUGCUGAGCCUUUUAUCCGCUGUAGUUUACAGUGCAGGGAUCUAGUUGAUGAAGCAAAGAAGUUUCAUCUGAGGCCUGAACUUCGGAGUCAGAUGCAGGGCCCUAGGACAAGGGCUCGUCUAGGAGCCAACGAAGUGCUUCUGGUGGUUGGGGGCUUCGGAAGCCAGCAGUCUCCCAUCGAUGUGGUAGAAAAAUAUGACCCCAAGACUCAGGAGUGGAACUUCUUGCCAAGCAUCACUCGUAAGAGACGUUAUGUGGCCUCAGUGUCCCUGCAUGAUCGGAUCUAUGUAAUUGGUGGCUAUGAUGGCCGCUCUCGACUCAGUUCAGUGGAAUGUCUGGACUACACAGCAGACGAGGAUGGGGUCUGGUAUUCUGUGGCCCCUAUGAAUGUCCGACGAGGCCUUGCAGGAGCUACAACCCUGGGAGAUAUGAUCUAUGUCUCUGGAGGCUUUGAUGGAAGCAGGCGCCAUACCAGUAUGGAGCGAUAUGACCCAAAUAUUGACCAGUGGAGCAUGCUGGGAGAUAUGCAGACUGCCAGAGAAGGUGCUGGACUAGUAGUGGCCAGCGGCGUGAUCUACUGUCUAGGUGGAUAUGAUGGCUUGAAUAUCUUAAAUUCAGUUGAGAAAUAUGAUCCUCAUACAGGACACUGGACCAAUGUUACACCAAUGGCCACCAAGCGUUCUGGUGCAGGAGUAGCCCUGCUGAAUGACCAUAUUUAUGUGGUGGGGGGAUUUGAUGGUACAGCCCACCUUUCUUCUGUUGAAGCGUACAACAUUCGCACUGAUUCUUGGACAACUGUUACUGGUAUGACCACUCCACGAUGCUAUGUAGGGGCCACAGUGCUUCGGGGAAGACUCUAUGCAAUUGCAGGAUAUGAUGGUAAUUCCCUGCUGAGUAGUAUUGAGUGCUAUGACCCUAUCAUCGACAGCUGGGAAGUAGUGACAUCCAUGGGAACCCAGCGUUGUGAUGCUGGUGUGUGUGUGCUCCGAGAGAAGUGACCAUUGAUGGAACUCCAUUCACAGCUAGUGACCAGUUCAAGGGACAGUUUGUGGGAGAAUCAAGGAUCCUUUCCAGAAUGUUUGUUUCUCACGCUGUGCACAGGGUGAUUACAGGCACCAGUGCAGUGAUGAUUGUACUUAUUUGACA